AUGGCGUCGGCGGCGAAGACACUGGCGCGGGCUGGAUCAUCCCUGUUCGGCCGCAUCCUCGCGACCCCGUGCCCGUUCCCUUCCAUACUCCGCGCCCGGCUGCCGCUCGCCAGGCUGCAGCCGCACGUCCCGCCGCCGGCACCGGGAGCCCGUCGCCAGGCUGACGCUUACGAGGCGGAGACCGUCGCCAGGCUGAGCUCGCUCCCCGGCGAGAUCUCCUUCCCCUGCGGCCUCCCGUCGCUCCGCUUCUUCAUCGACGACGUUGAGGAUCCUGUUGCUAAUGACCCCCUUCAGUUGCUUCCGAAAAGAACUUACCAGCCCAGUACCAUCAAGCGGAAAAGAACCCAUGGAUUUCUUACACGUAAAUCUACUAAGGGCGGGCGCAAGGUGAUUGCCCGGAGAAUCGCCAAAGGCAGUCACAGAAUUUCAGUUUAG